CCAGCCCCGGUAUAUAUGCGCGGCGUACUGGGGAGCCUUCAGUACACAACUACUCACACACACCAACCAUGUACAAGUUCUUCGUCUUCGCCUCCGUGGUGGCCGCCGCGUACGCCGGCGUCAUCGCUCCCGCCUACCCCGCCCCCGCCGUGGUGGCACCUGGUGCCCCCAUCAAGGCAUACGCCACCCCUGCCUACGCCGCUCCAGCCUACGCCGCCCCAGCAUACGCUGCCCAUGCCUACGCCCCCGCUGCCUACGCUGCCCCUGCUUACCACGCCCCCGUUGUCGCUAAGGCCGUUGCCCCCGUCGCCUACGCCGCCGCCCCCGCCUACGCUCCUGCCUACGCUAAGGCCGUCGACGCUGACUACGACCCCAACCCUAGCUACAGCUACGCCUACGACAUCAAGGACGCUCUGACCGGAGACUCCAAGAGCCAGCACGAGAGCCGCAACGGAGACGUUGUCCAGGGAUCCUACAGCCUGGUCGAGCCUGACGGUUCAGUCCGUACCGUUGAGUACACCGCUGACCCUCACAACGGAUUCAACGCCGUCGUCCACAAGGAUGCCCCCGCCGUCGCCGUCAAGGCCUACGCUCCCGCCCCCGCCUACGCCGCCGCCCCCGUCUACGCUAAGGUCGCCGCCCCCGCCUACGCUAAGGUUGCCGCCCCCGCUGCCUACGGCCCCAAGGUCGUUGCCCCUGCUGCCCCUUACUACGGUUAGGUUUCUAGCUUGAAAUCAAGUAUUUAUUUAGCGGGUAUCCUGCUGUUGUACCAAUCAUGUGCUCACUGUAAAUUAUUUAUUGUUCCUCAUGCCAUGUAAAUAAACAUCUAUACUUGUUUUCAUGCAAACCUA